AUGCAGCCGCCGCCUCAGGCAGCCCCAUCAGGCGUGGUCGGGCCACCUCCGGCCGGGACUCCUCAGAGCAUGUUCUGGUCCAACAGAUCUUACAGGAGACAGGCAAAUAGUAAUGCACCGGUGACCCCGAUAACUUGCCCAUUGCAGCCGGUAACGGAUCCGUUUGCUUUCAGUAGACAAGCGCUACAAACUACAUCGUCGGGCAGUUCGUCCAAAAGCAGCACGCCCGUUCUGCAGGGCCCGGCCCCGCCAGCGUUCCUUCAGCGCCCUGGUCUGCCUGUGCCUCACGCAAAUGCUGGGGAUACCUCGCAAGGACCUGUGUUGCAGGCCACAGCGGACGCCGGUCUGUUUGCCAGCGUGUUGCCACCUUCGGCGCCGCCGGAGCCAGAGUUGCACAGGAGUGCCGAGCUUGCUUCCAGCUCGGAACCCGAAGUUCAGACUCUGCCAUGUCCUCACAUUCCAGGAGCGGGUGCCGACAGUCCCCACGGGGGCCAUCCGCACGCGAACGUGCUUGGGCCUGAGAGACCCCUGAGUCGGCAGAACCCGCACGACAGUGCUGUGGCGCCGUCCCCUUUCUUCCCUCAGCCUCGUCAGCAAAUGCCAGGGCAGUGGGGGCCAGGGCAGGGAGGCCCACAGCCCUCAGGUCAACAUUAUUGGCCCCGCCCAGAAGGACCUGUUCAGCACCCGGUGCCCCACGCCUCCAGCGUUUCCCUCUUCCCCGCUCCGUCCAGCCCGUAUCACGGUCCCGGCCACGAACAGCUCAACCCACUGGUGUCUUUGCCAGGACCCUUGGCCGGUGACGGAAGCAAUGAGCCGGCCUACCUGCAGAGUGGUAACCAGUCAGCAAAUAACUUUGAUCCUGACAACGCGUUCAGGCAAAAUUCUAGAGCUGGGAAUCCUCGGGCAAGCCAGGAGCUCAGGCCAAAUCCAGGAGUGAAUAAAGAGCAGUUGCCAGACUUCGCUCUUGUGAAUCCCCUCGCUCAGGGAAACAGCCCAGAAAUCCAUUUGCACUACCCCCCAGGGGCCGAGACCAGCCGGGUCCUGCCGGAAGUGGACUCGGGAGCUCUCUCCAUGUUCUUCCACGGCGGAGAGACGGAAAAUGAGGAGAACCUCUCAUCUGAAAACACAAGCUUCGCUAGUCGGUCUGACUUGGAUGGCUCCUCCCCCGGCCCGGGACUUGGUCAUGCUCCCGCACGUGUGGGAGCGGGUGGCGUUUACCACGCCUUUCCCAGAGGUUCCAGCAAUGAGGCCACCGCUGCUGUCACUGUGUGGGGCGGCCCAGCAGGCGCAGGGGCUCACGCCAGCAGCCCACAGUACGAGAACGUGGAGGACUUAGAGUUCAUUCAGAAUCAGGAAGUUUUGCCAAGUGAGCCCCUAAGUUUGGACCCUUCUGCCCCCGGCGAUCCGCUCAGAUACGGCCCCAGGCUCGGUGUUGGGGGCCACGCUGGAGGCGGGGGCCCAAAUCUCGAGGCCCCGGAUUCAGUGCCACACCCCGUGCGAUCCGACAGCGUGUCGUCCAGUUACAGCAGCAAGAGCCACAGGAAUCUUCCAGGUGCGGCCAGGCCUCAAGACCUGGGGGGCACUUUCAUUCAGCAAGAAGUCGGAAAACCUGAAGAUGAGUCUUCGGGGAGCUUUUUUAAGCAAAUUGAUUCUUCUCCUGUAGGAGGCGAGACAAACGAGACCACCGUGAGCCAGAAUCACCGCAGCAGCCUGUCCCAGCCCUCAACCCCAAGCCCCCCGAAACCCACUGGAAUAUUCCAGACAAGCGCGAAUAGUUCUUUUGAACCGGUGAAGUCCCACUUAGUUGGAGUAAAACCAGUUGAGGCCGAUCGGGCCAAGGUGGUGGGCGAGGUGAGGGGGGCCGGACCCCACCAGAAGCAGCACCGGCCAGCUGCCGCACCGCCUGACACCUGCCCUGGCAACUUGGAGCAGCCCCCAGACAACAUGGAGACCCUGUUCACACUCCAGGCCGGUUCUCUGCCCUUUACCGUACCCGUGGAGGCUGAGCACGGGCUCGGGCACGCUGGGGGGCCGCCCUCGGAGACCGUGCUUCCGGCAGCUGAGAAGAGGCCCUUGGCCAGGGCCCAGGGAGCUGUGAAGUGCGAGAGCCCAGUGACGACCUUGUGGGCACAGAACGAGCUCCCGGAUUUCGGGGGCAGCGUGCUCCUGGCCCCAGCUGCCCCGGCACUGCACGCGCCCGUGAGGCCUCAGCCCUCUGAAGUGAUCCAGCCUCCCGACGAGGGAGUGUCCGGUCGGCAGCCCCGGCAGCCAGGCCCUGGCCUCCCUCUGCAGAGCAGGGACGGCGUCGGAGCUUCCGAGAACCUCGAGAACCCUCCCAAGAUGGGAGAAGAGGAGGCCCUUCCCUCGCAGGCGAGCUCGGGCUAUGCCAGCCUGUUAUCCUCACCGCCCACUGAGUCUUUGCAGAAUCAGCCGGUCUUGAUUGCCCAGCCUGAUCAAAGCUAUAAUUUGGCUCAGCCCAUUAAUUUUGCUGUGUCCUUAUCGAGUCCUAAUGAGAAGAGUCUGCCCUGGAGAGAUGCUUUGGUGGGGGAUAAACCGACAGCAAGCAGCCGGACUGUCGGGGGGGACUCCGGAGAAAGCGCUCCUGCGUCUGGGAUCGCAGCCGCCUCUGUCACCCGCUCGCCUCUGCCCAAGAAUCUCCCGCAAGGUAGCUUUCCACAAGUUCCUGGCACUUCGGAGACCGUUUGUAAUCAACCUGCUAAUUUGCUGGUUCAGCCGCCACCUCAUCCGGUUCCAAAGAACUUGCUUCCAGAAGGCCAAAAGGUUCAUAAUGCAGAGAACGUUCUUCCCGAGCUGAUUGGUAGCCCUGCUGGAAGCACAGGCGUGAUGUUGGUGCCGCCUGCAAACGCUACCUCGGUCCCUGCUGGUAGUAAAGCGGAUCCCUCCAGUAAUCGGGAAGAAACUUCUGGAGCCCUAGACUUCACGCUGAAUAGGACUUUGGAAAAUUCUCUGAGGAUGUAUGGCCCGUCCCGUUCUGACAGCCCAGCUUGUCCGCAAACCGUCACCGGUCAGCCUAGACAACCUGGGCCAGGGGCACAUAACCCAGACCGUUUCUACCAGCAGGUGACAAAAGACGCUCAGGACCCAUGUGGCCUAGGGAGGGCCCAGCAGGAGCCGUCACCGGCCCCCCAGCAAGGGCCCAGAGCAACAUGUUCAGAACCUUCGAACCCAGGAAGCCCGCCGGUGCAGGGGCAGUCCCAAAACUCGGUCCCGCCACCGGCAAGUCCCGCUCCAGCUGACACGGGUCAGCAGCUGCUGCCUCGGCCGCCUCGGUCCUCCAGCGCGUCCAUCGUGUCCACCAGCUCCAGCCAGGCAGCCGCGCGGUCGGACCAGCAGUGGCUGCAGCCGCCGCCUCCCUCGGACUUGGCAGCUUACUACUAUUACAGAUCCCUGUACGAUGGCUACCAGUCGCAGUACCCCUCGCCAUACCCGCCGGAUCCCGGCACAGCCUCCCUCUAUUACCAGGACGUCUAUGGCCUGUAUGAGCCCAGAUACAGGUCCUACGACAGCGCGGUGUCCGCCUACGCUGAGAGCUACCGCUGCCCCGAGCCCGAGCGGCCCAGCUCCCGGGCAAGUCACUGCUCGGACCGGCCACCUGCCAGGCAAGGCUAUCCUGAAGGUUACUACAACUCCAAAAGCGGAUGGAGCAGCCACAGUGAUUACUAUGCAGGUUACUACUCCAGCCAGUAUGACUACGGAGAUGCGGGCCGCUGGGACCGAUACCACUAUGGCUCCAGAUUCAGGGACCCCCGCGCCUGUGACCGGAGGUAUUGGUAUGAUGCGGAAUACGAUCCGUACCGGAAAGAAAACUACACUUACGGGGACAGGCCCGAGAGGUACGAUGACCCCUGGAGGUACGACCCUCGCUUCACUGGCAGCUUUGACGACGACCCUGAGCCCCACAGGGACCCUUACGGGGAGGAGGCGGACAGACGCAGCGUGCACAGCGAGCGCUCCGCACAGAGUCUGCGCAGCAGCCUCAGCUCCCGCUCGCGCCAGAGUCAGGUUUACAGAAAUCACGGCAUGACUGCUGCUUCCUACGAGGCCCCGCCUCCCCCAGACUCCUUGCCCGGAGAUUAUGCCUACGGCAACAAUUUUGGCAGCGUCCAGGGCUUCCCGGAGUACGGUUACCCUGCCGAAGCCGGCUGGCCCGCGACGGAGCAAGCUCCGUCAAGACCAACCUCUCCUGAGAAAUUCUCAGUGCCUCAUGUCUGUGCCAGGUUUGGUCCUGGGGGUCAGCUCAUUAAAGUGAUUCCAAAUCUGCCUUCAGAAGGACAGCCCGCGCUGGUCGAGAUCCACAGCAUGGAGACCUUGCUGCAGCACACGCCGGACCAGGAGGAGAUGCGCUCGUUCCCGGGACCGCUCGGCAAAGGUGACACCCAUAAAGUGGAUGUUAUUAAUUUUGCACAGAACAAAGCUACGAAAUGUUUGCAGAAUGAAAAUUUAAUUGACAAGGAGUCUGCCAGUCUCCUUUGGAAUUUCAUUGUUCUCUUGUGCAGGCAGAACGGGACCGUGGUGGGAACAGACAUCGCGGAACUUCUGUUACGAGACCACCGAACGGCAUGGCUUCCUGGGAAGUCACCCAACGAGGCCAACCUGAUUGAUUUUACUAACGAGGCGGUGGGACAAGUGGAGGAGGAGGAGUCCGGGGAGGCCCAGCUCUCGUUCCUCACCGACAGCCAUGCGGCCACCACCAGCACUCUCGAGAAGGAAACAGAGAGGUUCCGAGAGCUGCUGCUCUACGGACGCAAGAAGGAUGCUUUGGAAUCCGCGAUGAAAAAUGCCUUGUGGGGACAUGCUCUGUUGCUGGCAAGCAAGAUGGACAGCCGGACACACGCCCGGGUCAUGACCAGGUUCGCCAACAGUCUUCCAAUCAACGACCCUCUUCAGACGGUGUACCAGCUGAUGUCGGGCCGGAUGCCCGCUGCGUCCACGUGUUGCGGAGACGAGAAGUGGGGAGAUUGGAGGCCGCAUCUUGCUAUGAUUUUGUCCAACCUGAGCAGCAGCGUGGAUGUGGAGUCCAGGGCGAUGACCACCAUGGGCGACACGCUAGCUUCGAAAGGUCUCUUAGAUGCUGCGCACUUCUGCUACCUCAUGGCCCAGGUCGGGUUAGGGGUCUAUACGAAGAAAACCGCAAAACUGGUUUUAAUUGGAUCGAAUCACAGUUUGCCGUUUUUCCAGUUUGCGACCAAUGAAGCCAUUCAGAGGACGGAGGCCUAUGAGUAUGCCCAGUCCCUCGGGGCACAGACCUGCUCCUUCCCCAACUUCCAGGUGUUCAAGUUCAUCUACUCCUGCCGCCUGGCGGAGAUGGGGCUGGCCACGCAAGCCUUCCACUACUGCGAGGUGAUCGCCAAGACCAUCCUGACGCAGCCCCACGCGCACUCUCCGGUGCUCAUCAGCCAGCUGGCUCAGAUCGCCUCGCAGUUGCGGCUCUUCGACCCUCAGCUGAGAGAGAAGCCGGAGGAGGAGUCCUUCGUGGAGCCCGCCUGGUUGGUCCAGCUGCAGCGCGUCGAGAAGCAGGUCAAGGAGGGCGCCGUGCCGUGGAGCCUGGACGGGGCCCUCUCCCAGCGCUGCCCCAGCACGCCCGGCCCUGAGGCCGGACAGCACGACGGCCCGGGACCCGCCCAGCCGGGCAACCCGCUGCUGGCACUGCCUGUGCCCAGCGCUGAGCGCUUCGGUCAGGGCGUGCGGCUGCUGCCUUCAGCUCCGCCGACGCUCCCCGACAGCCAGCCGGCCCUCCCCGCCAGGGUGCCUUUGUUCCCCGUGCCACCACCCCCCGGCCCUGCGGAGCUGGGGCCUGGCUGCGGACCCCCCGGGUCUGCGCUUGGCUUUCCAGAGCCCUCUGUGCCUGAGCCUGCAGCUCUGUACCCGGGACCUGGCCUGCCAGCGGGCGCACCGUCUCUGCAGGAAAGCGAGCACCUGCCCCAGGAGGCCGGAAGCCAGGACCCAGGGGUGAUGCCACAGGAGGCGCUUGGGAGAAACUCGCUUCCGGAACGGAGAGAAGAUGGUUUUGGCGGAAAAUUUGCUCAUCUGGGCCCCUCCAGGACGUCCCAGGACUCCGAGGUCCCUCCGGCGUGGGAGCGUGCUGGCCCCGGAGCCCUGCAGCCGCCUCUCGCGUCCACGCCCGAAGGGAAGAGGCCUGCACAGGCGGCCGGGAAAGAGGUCAAGGAGCCUAAGAAGGUGUUAGGUUUGCCAGCGUCGCUCCCUGGCCCUGAGCUCCUACCCGCCCACGAGGACGGUUCCAAGGGAGGAGAGCUUUCACGCUGUAGUUCACUGAGUUCAUUAUCGCGUGAAGUAAGCCAGCAUUUUUAUCAGGCUCCCGGUGACCACCCCGCAGCAGGGGGCGCCUCCGGGGCAGCCGUGCCCUUCUACAGCCCUGCUCACUUUGCACAGGCCUCUGCCGCCUCGGGGGGCUCCAGGAUGGGGAGGAUCGGCCAGAGGAAGUACCCGGCGUUGAGCUAG